CCUUAUCUUAGGACGGCCAGGUGAGACCAUUAAAACCGAGGUCAGUAAAAAGCUUGAUUCAGUUGAGCCGGAAUUUUGUGUGAGAGUCCAUCAGGAGCUCGAAUCCAAUCGGAGGUAAAAGUUUGUAUCAUGGUAAGGUUUAUUAUUUUUAAGGUUUACUGGAGUCUCCGCUGAAGGUUUUCCAAGAUGGGAGUGAUGUUUCAGGGAAAAGCCUGGAUUUUGAUCAGUUGGGCUUGGCUGCUAACUUGUGCUGCUGCAGAGAGGGAGUACUUCAUUCCAUCCCAAAAUCUCAGCUGGGUCGAGGCGAGGAGCCACUGCCAGGUCUGCUAUAAGGAUCUAGUGAGUAUGACUCCAGAAAACAUCCAGAUCGUCGCCCCCAUGCUCAAGUCCGAGCACUGGAUCGGCCUUCGCAAGUACUUCCCCGACAUCAGUCACAGCGACGGCUCCCCCUGGAUCCAGUGGGCAAACGGUGAUCUGGUCAUCUUCCAGAACUGGCAUCCUGGCAUGCCGAUGUCAAAAGUUCCCCUCCCAAGGAUAGACUGUUGCAGCUGCUCCUGCACUUGCCCAGCGUCCUCCGGCAGCAUCUUACCAACCGUUCUGACCACAGAGCCGCUGAUGAACUUUAGCUCCAUGGCAUCCCAGGUGACCAAAGCGCUGCCGCUGAAUGCCACGUGCGAGCGAGCUCCUAUUGUUCCCCCAGUGGUUCCAGAGACAAAUAAGCUGUACAUUGAGGACUCCUGCGUGGUCAUGCUUCGCCAUGGGCUUUGGGCUGAGAGGAACUGCACGGACGAGCGCCCCUUUAUUUGUUAUGAAGAUAAAUUCUUCGGGCAUGUGGAUGUUAACUGCAACAUGUCUAACAGCGCCUCACUGAAGUGGCAACCUGGGCCUGGUGACAUCAGCCUUUACGAAGUCGAGGUCAAAGGAGAGCCCCCGUUGAAGUUGAAUCUUACUGAUUUAAGCCAUACCCUCACUGGUCUUAUUGGAGGGAACUACUAUGAAGUCGCGGUCUCUGCUUUAAAAUGCAGCCGAUUCCUCAACCCUCAGCGGGCUUCUUUCUACACUGUGCCCCACAAAGUGAAGGAUCUCAGAGUGGACAACACAACAGCAAGCUCCAUCUCUCUGAGCUGGAACGAGCCCGAUGGAAAUGCCAGUUUGUACUUGGUACAGACUGUAGAUCACAGAAGGGAAGUGAACACAACAGGGUUAGAGUUUGAGGGAUUGACCCCUGGGAGCUGUUUCACAUUCAUGGUGCAGUCCGGAGUCCAGGACAGGUCCCAGUGGAGCGAAAGAUCCAUGAUCGCGAACUGCACAAAGCCCGGCAAAGUGUCCAACCUGGAAGCUGUGGAUAUAACAAACAACAAGCUCACACUGAAGUGGAAAGCACCUGAUGGAAAUUUCGCGGGCUUCUCAAUAAAAGUUACCAUUAGGAAUUCAGACAAAUAUUUGACUGCAACCAAGAUAGAGACUCAAAUAAUUAUAACUAAUCUGCCAAGUGGCUCCAAUAUAACCCUGGAAGUGAGAGUGAAAGCUAACCACGACGUGAUGGGAGACGCCGUCAGCAUCAUUGCUUACACAGUUCCUGAUCCGGUCUGGGACCUGACGUUGGUUCCCGGGAACAAGCAGCUCACAGCGAAGUGGAACUACUCGGAAACUGCUGAUGUGACAUUCACGGCCGAGGUGUGGAAGGACAAACAAUUCAUUCAAAAAUUCACCACCUUGGAAAACAAGGAGAUUACGUUUGGAGACCUGAAGUCUGCAACCAAUUACACGGUGUAUGUCUAUGCUGUUAGUGGCACGCAUACAGGAGUAAACGUGUCCACCUCAGAGUUCACCUUACCCGCGAGUCCCCAAAACCUCAGAUCACCGUUCAACUCAACAGACAAGAUCACCUUGGAGUGGGACGCUCCUGACGGCAUAACAGAAGCCAUAUACAUUAUUAAUUUUACCAGUAUCUGGAGUCAGAGUUCUAAAGUAGAAGUUAAAGACAUCACCAGCCAUAACUUUACAAACUUGAAAUCAGGAACCAGGUACUUUUUUCAAGUCUACAGCAGAGCUGGAGAGUUUACCAGUUUACCGACAAGCUACAAUGUUUCUACAGUUCCGGUCAAAACAGAUCUCUCUCUGUCCAUGCUGUGCUCCUCGGCACAGUCGCUCCUCUGUGCAGAUGACAAUCAAAAGAAAGGAGUGUUCAUCAAGCUACAGGAACAUUUCAAUAAAAAACUGGGUAAUGCCGUAUUCUGGGAGCUGGAGAUUUAAAUGGCACAAACAUGUUUUAUUUGAACCUCUUAAUAGUACACUCUUCUGUUUGUUUGUUUGUUUGUUUGUUUAUAUGAUAUGUGCAUUAUCUCUGCAAUAUUUUAGCUAGAAAUGCUUUUUUUUUUCUUUAUACCCACGAAAAAUUUUACUAGUAUGCAAAAUUUUUGUUGAAAUUAUCUUAAAUGUACAAACAAGUAUUUUAAAAAAUCUGGUUUAUUGUAAUCUGGAAAUUAAUUCAUAUGAAUUUUAAUAAUAUCACAGAUUUUUUUUUUCUUUCUUUUGCUUUUGCUUACUUGUUUUUCUUACUUAUUAAAAUAAAACAUAAAGGAACAAUAAAACAGUUCAAACUGAGUGUAAAUGUCAGCAGUGUGCGACUCUCCCACAAAUAAAAAGUAAUCAAAAAUACUAUUACCUAUUACUGUAAAGAAUGACAUGUUCUACAUACAUCAAAAUCUAUUAAAAACAUGAACUUAUGUUUGUGUCUGACAUGUAUAACACUAAUGUGUUUAGUUUCUUUCUCUUAAAGUUUCUCACUUUACAUUUUAAGAUCAUUUGUUCCUGUAUUUGGCCUCAUCCUCAUUCGUUGUUUUUUUUAGCUUAGUCUUUAGCUUUACCUGAAAUAAUUUUAUUUUUUCUACUGAGGUGUAAGCUUUUUAAUUUAAGGAGGGUUGUGGGCGGGUGUGGCUGCAUCUUAAAGGGAGUGCAGGUGCAUCUUGUUGCUACUUUAAGGGACGUCUUAACAAUGGAACUUACAGUUGUCGUGUCUGUGGUAAGUGUAUCGGGAAGUAUCUUUAAGGAUAAUGUAAGUCAUAUACU